AUGGGUAUCGACAUCAAGGCGGGUGGCCGCAACACCAAGACGGCCCGGACCGCUCCCAAGAGCGACAAUGUGUACAUCAACCUGCUGGCCAAGCUGUACAAGUUCCUGGUCCGCCGCACGGACUCGAACUUCAACAAGGUCGUCCUGAAGCGCCUGAUCAUGUCGCGCACGAACCGCCCGCCCCUGUCGGUGUCGCGCCUGUCGAAGCUGAUGGCUGGCAAGGAGGGGAAGAUCGCCGUGCUGGUCGGCACCGUGACCGACGACAUCCGCACGGGCUUCACGGUACCCAAGGGCCUCAAGGUCUGCGCGCUGCGCUUCACCGCGGGCGCCAAGGCGCGCAUCGAGAAGGCGGGGGGCGCGUGCCUGACCUUUGACAAGCUCGCGCACGUCGCGCCCAAGGGCUCCGGCUGCGUGCUGCUGCGCGGGCCGAAGAACGCCCGCGAGGCCGUGAAGCACUUCGGCGCCGCGGGCGUCCCGGGCUCGGGCGUCAAGCCGUACGUGCGGAGCAAGGGCCGCAAGUUCGAGCGCGCGCGCGGCCGCCGCAACUCGCGCGGAUACAAGAACUAA